AUGGCAUCCCAAAGUCCAUCCGGAGGAGAUGGCCCACUCUCUUUUGCAAAGAUUGCCGCAAUGGCCGCGAUCUCCAACCCUCAAACUUCCUCGGCAACUGAUGAUAACAACACCGGCCAAUCAGCAGACCCAUCCCCUGGCGCGGAAGCGCAUGAUUCGGGUGCCAAUUUGCCCAGUCAACACACCCUGGACAAAACGCCAGAGGCCAGCUCUAUUGACCUAGCUGUCGACGACCUAGCAAGAGGCGUGCAAGAUAUUGGGAUUACCCUAAACAAGCACCGCGCAGGCUCAGGCUCUUUCCUCGGGGGCCAGGGAAAUGGUUUGCUCAAGCGAGAGAACUCCUUUGACGAUGAUCAUACUCAUCUUUCUACAUCAUCUACGAAAAUGACCAGUUUCGACUCAAAGAGUCUUGCUUCAGUGACCACUUUUGCAAUGGAUGAAAAGGACUCUGUGCGUCCUGAUGACAGUGCUAGUGUUCAGGCUAUUGACGAAGAGGAUGCACUUUCGGGACCUGCCUCUGGUGCUCCCAAUUCGGUAGCAGGCUCUGAAGCUGACAGCCGUGCGUAUCGUGACCAUUUCCGCGAUGGCGUCCCUCUACGACCACGUGGGGUUCUACCCGUUCCUGGUCCUUUGUUCAAUGGCACUCAGCCUGGCAAUGGCACAAUCCCUCCCGAUUCAGUGGCAAACAACUUUGUGAUUCCCGCCAACCCUGACAGCUUUCAGGACGGUCAAAAUCUACAUGGAUUCCCUCUUGAUCCAGACGAGAAGCUUUUGGAGGCAAUGAAAUCACCAAAAGAUCGUCUGUUGAUCCUCCAACUGGAGGAGAAGAUUCGUCAUUUCAUCAAAAACUCUAGUGAGCAAUCCUUAGAGCUGCCUCCAUCAAACGCAUUCGGACGACUUCUUGCACAUAAGCUUGGGGACUAUUAUCAUUUGACACAUUUUGUCGACAACAAUGUCACAUCGGUCAGACUGCACCGGACACCGUUCUGCCGACUACCCACGCCUUUGGCCACUGUGCAUGCUUCCACCCACACCACGCCUCCUCCAACUGUUCCCGCAAUGAAGAUUAUGCGCCGAAAUGACGGCGAGCGACCCGAAGGAAGCACCGGAGGCUCGUCAGCUCCGUCGAAGGCGACUUCGGAGGCUGGUGAUAGUGGUCAAGAUGGAGAACGAAACGGAUCUUCAUCUGGCGCUACCCCUGCCAAAGAUCGCAUGAACAUGACACGAGAAGAGCGGGAAGCAAAAUACCACGAAGCACGCGAGCGCAUUUUCCGUGACUUCCCAGACAGCGCCAAAUCAGACACAGCUAGUGGCGAGUCAAAUCCCAACAUGUCACGCUCAAGCUCCGUGAAUGGUCGCAAAAAGAACCAGAAACAGAGAACUCCUCGUGACGACAGUUUCGAGGUUCGCUCCCAGUUCAACGCCUACUAUCCAGGCAUGCAAUAUGGAAAUGGGUCCGCUCCCUACAAUGUUGCCGUGAAUGACAAUUCAUACCCGAACCAAGUACCCUACUUGAUUGGUCCCGGUGUGCCCCCGCCCUCAGGUGGUUAUAUGCCAUCCAGUCAAAGCGGCGCAAUGUAUCCAGGACAGAUGCAGGGACAGAUACCAGGACAGAUGCAAGGUCAAAUGCAAAAUCAAAUGCAGAGCCAGAUUCCAAGCCAGAUUCCAAGCCAGAUUCCAAGCCAGAUUCCAAGCCAGAUGCAGGGCCAGAUGCAGGGCCAGGUGCAGGGCCAGAUGCAAGGUCAAAUACAAAACCAAAUGCAGGGCCAAAUGAACAUGAAUGGCAUGCAGUAUUCGAUGACCAUGUCACCUCAAAUGACCUCCAAUGGCUCAUGGCAAGGAGGCAAUAUGCCACAGCAAUCUCCGUAUUCUGGGUACGCUUCGAUGAACCAGCCGGGAAUGAUGAGCCAGCAAUCUUCAAACAAAUCUUCGCCCGCGAUGAACAACUACGCCGUGCCAAAUACCGCUCCAUACCAGCAAAAUUCCAACUGGAACCAACCGUCUUAUCCUACGAGUUAUCAACAACACCAGCCUCAAAGAAGUGGUCCGCCUAUCCACUGGCCCGGUUAUCCCCAGCAUCCGCAGUCUAUGCCGCCAAACAUGAGCGGAUAUCCUUAUUCUCAAUAUCCCGGACAGCAAAUGAAUCCUGCAAUGCAGAAUGCAGGAUACGCCAAUGCCAGAUCACACUUCAACCCUCAGACUCGGUCAUUCAUCCCAGGUGGCGCACCUCUUGGCCGCCAUCCGAAUAAAGUCCCUCAGCACCCAAUGCAGCCAUACGGCAAUAUGCAACCCGGCGCCCAGGUGCAGUGGACCGGAUAUCAUGAAGUCCAUCAAAACCGGAACAUGGACCCUACCGCAAACAUGGGUUCAAACCGUAUGCCUUCCUCUGGUCCCCGCGACUCAAUUGCCAAAUGGGGAACACCCUCUCACCUUCCCCCCAAGCCCCCACCAUCCGAAGUCCCCUCCGAGUUCGACAUGAACACCCGAACUGGUCCCCCCUCGGUCCCUGCGCCAUCCUACGCGAAUGGAAUCUCUAGCGUUAACAACGGACCGUUGGUAGUUUCGGGAGGCACAAACAUCACCAAACCAAACUAA